AUGGAUUCCGAGGAGUCCUCCCCCGGCAUCCCGUGCUGCGGCGCAUCACUGUCGAACUCAGUAUCCAACUCGACGCACCGCGGGGGCCCGGCGACGGUACUGACACUGGUGCCGACAGUGGGUAGCCGCGUGGUGCUCACCUCCAAACAGCGCGACCGGGACGCAUUUAUCUGGGAGGAUAAGGAGACCGAUUUGGCGUACAUGCGCUGUGUGACGCAGCAUAUGCUGGUUGGGGACGUGCUGCGCGAGACGGACACGCAGUUUGUUGUGCGUUUCGACAUCCCACACCACUGCUUGCCGCCAGGUCUCCGUGGAGGUGUGGCGUCACGCGAACCCGGUGCCCACCACCAAUGCGAAUGGAAGGAAGAAGAGGAGGAAGAAGGUAAAGCACCGGACGAAGAAGACAAUGACGAUGAUGGUGGAAAUGGCAACGCAGAGGAAAAGGGGUAUGAGGGAGGAGAGAAAGGCAGCAGAGUUAGCACUGCUGUAUUAUCGCGCGGUGACCUUGAUGUGGAGGGUGAUGGCGCCCUCUCAAAGACCACCCGCUUUGUCGUGGGUAUCGUCCCCGUCCUGACACUUUCACGUGAAUGCAUCUCGAUGCCGACACCGCGUAGCAAAACAAAGAUAGUGCACCCCCUGGGCGAGAAGGGAGAGAGAACGCGUUCCGACCGCACCCUCAUAGCCAUGCCGACGUCGUCACCAGAGCAGUUGUUGAGUUCUCAUUCGCAGUCUAUUGGCGCCGCGACAGUACAAAGUGCCAUCCUCGCCAGUGAGCAGUCCCAGACCUUGCUUCGCGUGACCCUCUCAGUUGCAAAGCGCUGCUGCAUGUCGCUGCUACAGAGCCUGCUGGAACAGCAUGGUAAACUUAGCUGUGUGAGCACAGCUGUUGCGUGCCGCGAGUUCAAGUUGGCGGUGCAGCACGUUAAGGCGGUAAUCGAGGCGCAACGAAUUGUAGCGAAGCAACGCAGGGAUGAGUACAAAAGCAUGGCUGAUUCCUGGCGAUCGUCUCUCACGUGGGUACAAUCACGCCCCCAUGUUACGCACGCUGAGACAAGCCAGCGUAUGGACGAAAUUGCAGAGGAACGACGCACCCGCCUCUUCAUGGUCUUCUGGCGGGACAGAGAGAGCACCUCAUGCCUUGAGUUUCGGCCUCUUUCGUCGAGUAUCAGAAACGAGGAGGAGCAGCGGCAGAGGGGCGGAUGUAGCAACGACGGUGAACCAAAAAUGAUUGAGUCAAUGGAGCUGGAUCCAGUCGAGUUUGACAAGCUUCAGGCCUUGCAGUGCCAGUGGAGUGCUAGUGGCUCACAGCAAGAGUUCGCCCCUUUGUAUGUUCUACUAAGUUUUUUGCAUUUUCACGACUGUCAGUACCAGCAGUCUCUGGAGGAUGCUGUGGUGGCCCUCACGCACGACGGGACGUGUGUGGAGGCGUACGCACGUGUGAUGGCUGGUUGCAUGGCUCUCGGCUCGGAAAAAGAGGCCCUCGUUGCUGCGGCAAUCGCCUUAAAGCGGUGCACGGCUCUCAGCCCUCAAUAUGUUCGGCUUUCCCGAGUGGCGUGUGUCUGUGCCUUCUACCACCGGAAUCUGGGGGAGCACAGUGGAGUUGAUGUGCUCCCACGUGUGCGUUACUCCACAUGUCUUGAUGAAAUGUGUUCUGUACGAGAUGCGAUGACGUUACCAAAGGUUCACCGCGCCGUCCGCCAGCCGCCAACCGUUCGAGUGAGGAAGUUUAGCUAUUCCUGCAGUGCCCCGACAACAGUUAUGUCCGUGGUCCCGCCAAUGUUGCGCAGUCUCCUACCAGGGUCAUCACCAUCAAUGGAUUACUUCUCGCGCAAUUUACGAGCGCGCGCUGCAUGCAGUUUCAAUAUAGGCGAUGUAGUCUUUUGUGAAGAAGCUUCUAUCCAGGUGUUAUUGUGCCCUCCGAUCGGCAAUGAGCGUGAUGCAUUGGUGACGACAUCACCCUUUUUGAAAGAUGACGAUUCACGUGUGGAAGCAUGGGCCUCGUGCCGGCUACGUUUUUGUGCCUAUUGCGGGUACCCACUCGUGUCAAAGCAAGUGCUGUUGGCGGAAGUCUGCGAAAAUACAUCAAAGGCACUGGCAGACCGACUUCGGUGGAGCUUCAACGGGAAGGAACCGCUGCCCUGUGCGGCGGGAUGCGGUGAACACUACUGUGGCGAGGUGUGUCGCAACCGUGCGGCGCUGGAGUACCACGCCGUGGAGUGCUACAUGCUGCCUGUUGGAAGAAGCGACGAGAGUCACUCGCGGCGCGAUCCAGCCGAUGUAGGCGAGGCUAAGAAAAGAGUCAGCGCCCCACCCACCUUUCCGUCCACUACGCUGGAAAGCUACAGUCACCUGACAGAGCUCUUUCCCUCCGCAACGAUACCACUGGAUCGACCAAGCGUGCAUCAGCUUGUCAGCAUUCGUCGCCGCGGCAUGCGUGGCAGUUACUCUGAGUGCGAGGAAAUAAGCGCCGAAUCACAGUUCCUGGACACGCGACACGGUUCAACAACGUCGCACAACGCCGAUCGCAUGAUGGUGGAGCGUGAACAGCAGUACUCCAGAAUGCUUGAGGUGUAUCGCCCUGUCGUUCGAGGUUUUCGGGCUGCCUUCAAAUCUCAUUACGCGGCGGUAGAGGCAGCCAUUCUCGAGAAGGCACCAAACGCCAUGAUAACAGCGCUUCUUCUUGUGGGCCGGAUUGUAGCAAACAUUCUGUCACUCUUCUUGCCUCCUGCUGCCAUGAAAGACACCAUUUCCUCAUGGGAGGCGGAUGGUUUCGUCGGGUCUGGAUGCUUGUCCCGCGACCGUUCUAGUUCCAUAAAGGCGAUUGUCAGCCAGUACGUCUCGAGAGGGUUCACCAGUAGCGGUACGUCGCCAUCAGACCGUCACGACGCGCACGGCCUUUGCCUGGCAGAGGAGGUGUUACACCAGAUAAGAGUUCCGUUCUUCGCUGACACAAACUUGGCUCAGCCAGCCACUGUGUGGGAGUUACUGGGCGAGAACCCCACAGAUGGCAAGAAGGUGAACGAUGACACCCCUGCAGCAACAGCGGCGGUGGCGGCGACAGAAAGUCUUCCACGUGGCUUCGAUCGCACUGUAAAGCUGCUGCGUUCAGUCGAUGGUAUCAUUCAAAGUGGCUUGUGCAAGGAGGUGGUCGCGUUCAGCCUAUCUGUGAGCCCCGACCCCGGUCAGAGCUUCGCCUCCGGGGGAGGUGCUGGCAGUCGGAUGUGGGCAAGGAGCCAUUCUGGCGAGCCGGGUGAUCCACGGACUGAGUCGUGCAGCAGCGGUCACCAUUCCACAUAUCGACCGCAAAUGCUCAUGGAUGCAGGGGCACUAGCGGUUUGGUUGGUGGAAGAACGCAAUGAGUUCCGAUCACAAGCACCACAUCAUCCCUCAGUGUGGACCUUUGGGCGGUUGUUAGGCUUCCUUGGGAAGCGGCGUCUUAUAGAACAACUGUGGGACUUCUGUCUCUCAAGUCACUGUGUGGUGCCCAAGUGCGUGCUCACGUUGGGGGUCGACAGAGAUAUUCCUGAGCACCAUCGUGAGGGGUGGGAGCGUAUCUGUCGCCGGUACACGGUGUCGGUAGCGGUGAUGAGCCCGUUGACGAGCGUUGUGUCAGACCUAACUGCAGUUGGAGGAGAUGUGUGCUCCCGGUUUUUUGCCGAUGCGGCCCCAGACAGCCCACGGAAUCCGCUUUUUUUCCGCAAGGUUGAGUCGCCCGCGACGUCAGUGCUUUCUAUCAACUCCCUUACUUAUGAGCCUGAUGAACAGCACUCACGCGGUGGAGCCUACAACACUAGUGGAAACGACGUAAAAGCGUCGACAUUCGUAGAGAAGCACAUGGCUACGGCCACAACUCCUGGCAACCUGGAAUCGUGCACCAAUGGCAUGUUUAAUCGUUCGGGGGAGCGUUGCGUGAUGAUGAGGGCGCGGCGCACGAUCACUACAGGAGAGGAGCUCCGCUACGAAUGUGGUCCGUUAUAA